GCGCCCCCCAGGCACCCACACCCCGGCACCCCCGGGGACCGCUCCGGGAGGCGGCAGCAGCGCCUCCAGCUCCACCAUGACGCGCCCCAAGCGCUCCAGACGACCCGGCGCGGGCGGCAGCGAAAAUGUGGGCACCAGGCCUGAAGUCAGUCUUGCAGAGGGCUUGGAGUAGAUGUUGGAUGGCAGAACCCCGGGCCACGCAGGGUGCUGAGGAGCCGGGGACUGGGAGCCACAGCCGUGACUUAUCGGGAGAAGUCCCUGGGGCCUGGGGCUUCUGCACAAGGGGGUUACUGCUCAAGUAAGGAAAUGCAGCUGCCAACUCUUGGACAACCAUAAAACCUCACAAGCUUCAAGCCCCCCCUCCCCUGAGGAAUCUCCAAAUCUCAGAACUUCCCUGUCACUGCAGCCUCGAAUUUAAGACCCAAGACUGUUGGGCCCAAGGAAACCUGGGUGUUUUUAAGCCCGUCCGGCACCAAAGAAGGCAGAGUCCCCACUUGCCAGCUCUGUCAUCUUGGGCAAGUCCGUCGACUACUUCGCGCCUCUGUUUGGCCCAUCUGUGUAACGGCCAUGAUGACAAGAUGGACCGAGAAGGGCUGUGGUGAGGAUUGAACGUGAUCGUUCGGGAGACUUGUCCAGCACGGUGUCUGGCCCGGGGAAAACUACAGAUAAAUGUCAGCUACAGAGAGGAUGGUGGAUACUUGGCAUCCAAAAACCCUGGAAACUGGGAUUUUUCAAAGUAGAGAAUUGCAAAGACUGAGAUCGUGGUGUCCCUGAGUAGGAGAGGGUCGGGGUCCUAAGGUGCCUCUGGGCUUCAUGAGGACAGAUGCAUUAACACUGGGGGCCUCAUUGGGACCUUCCCUGUAGGGUACCCUCCAGGUUAGAGUUCUCAGACCUUACAGCGUGAUAAGACGAGACUUUUCUCCCUCUCCUCGCUCAGUGAUGCUAAGUGGAUUCUGGGAGCUAGUGAUUCUCAGACUGUUAGAUUCUGUAAAUUGUGGCAGAUAGAGAGGGACUCCCUGCCUUUCCCGUGAAAUAACUUCCAUGUCCCCUUCUGUAGGGAGACGCGUUGCAGAUCUCCCCCUCCCUGGGCAGUAAGAACAGUGAUGACCAUAUCAAUUCUGCUUAAGGGGAAACUGAGGCAUGGAGCAGGGCAAAGUCUCUGGAAACCCAGCCCUAUUCAGUUUCUUUCCCUGGUGUUUCUUGUCCCAUCACAUUCACAGAGUGGUGUCUCUGCCUGCUUGGGACACCUCCGUGAUUUAUUUGAGUCCCCCCCUUUUUUUUCUAACUACACACUUUUGUGUAAAAAACUGUGGUUUCUCAUGAGCCCUGUUAUCUCAUUGAUACCUCUCACCUCUGUGGCGAGGGGAAGAAAUCAUAUUUUCAGAUGACUCGUAAAGGGCAAAGAAAAAACCCAAAAUUUCAAAAUUUCCGUUUAAGUCUCAUAAUCAAGAAGAAGAGAAACAGAGCGAGCAAGAGAGAGAGAGAGAGCAAGAGACAGAAAAAACUAUGAGAACCCCCCCACCCCGUGAUGAUCAACACACACACACUCAUCGAAAAAAAAAAAAAUUGGAUUAUUAGAAGAGAGAGAGAGAGGUCUGUGGCUUCCACACCGUGGUUUUUCUUCUCGGUAUAAAAGCAAAGUUGUUUUUGAUAUGUGACAGUUUCCCACAAGCCAGGCUGAUCCUUUUCUGUCAGUCCACUUCACCAAGGUGAGUGUCCCUGCUCUUCCCCAUCAGAUGCGGGUCCAGUGGAGGAGAUGGUAGUGAGGCAGGCACCGGGUGGGGGUCAGGGGACCUCCGGUACCGGCAAGACAGCUCCUUUGGUUCCAGUCAGCCUGCCCUCGGACAAGGACUCAAUGCCCAACCCCAGGCCAGCCAAGCCCUCGGCCCCUUCCUUGGUGCUUGGCCCAUCCCCGGGAGCCUCACCCAACUGGAGGGCUACACCCAAGGCUUCAGAUCUGCUUGGGGCCAAGGGCCCAGGGGCAACUUUCCAGGGCCGGGACCUCCGAGGCGGGGCCCAUGCCUCCUCCUCCUCCUCUUUGAACCCCAUGCCACCAUCGCAGCUGCAGCUGCCCACAGUGCCCCUAGUCAUGGUGGCACCCUCUGGGGCACGGCUGGGCCCCUCACCCCACUUGCAAGCCCUCCUCCAGGACAGGCCACACUUCAUGCACCAGCUCUCAACGGUGGAUACCCACACUCGGACCCCCGUGCUGCAGGUUCGCCCACUGGACAGCCCAGCUAUGAUCAGCCUGCCGCCACCCACUGCUGCCACCAGUGUCUUCUCCCUCAAGGCCCGGCCUGGCCUGCCACCUGGGAUCAACGUGGCCAGCCUGGAGUGGGUGUCCAGGGAGCCCGCGCUGCUCUGCACCUUCCCAAGCCCCAGCACACCCAGGAAAGACAGGUCAGUGGACCAGGCUGGGAAGGACCCUUGCUCUGCCAUUGCCUCCCCUUACACCUUCUGUCCUCCUAGUGCCCUCUCGACGGUGCCCCAGGGCUCCUACUCGCUGUUGGCAAAUGGUGUCUGCAAGUGGCCCGGAUGUGAGAAGGUCUUUGAGGAGCCAGAGGAUUUCUUCAAGCACUGCCAGGCGGACCAUCUCCUAGAUGAGAAGGGCAGGGCACAGUGUCUCCUCCAGAGGGAGGUGGUGCAGUCUCUGGAGCAGCAGCUGGUGCUGGAGAAGGAGAAGCUGGGCGCAAUGCAGGCCCACCUGGCUGGGAAGAUGGCCCUGACCAAAGCCCCAUCCACGGUGUCAACGGACAAGGGCUCAUGCUGCAUUGUGGCCAGUGGCACUCCCGUCACCACUGGCCCAGCGUGGCCCAGCCCCCAGGAGGCCCCUGACGGCCUGUUCGCUGUGAGGAGGCACCUCUGGGGCAGCCAUGGAAACAGCACAUUCCCAGAAUUCUUCCACAACAUGGACUACUUCAAGUUCCACAACAUGCGGCCCCCCUUCACCUAUGCCACCCUCAUCCGCUGGGCCAUCCUGGAGGCUCCCGAGAAGCAGCGGACACUCAAUGAGAUCUACCACUGGUUCACACGCAUGUUUGCCUUCUUCAGAAACCACCCUGCCACCUGGAAGAACGCCAUCCGCCACAACCUAAGCCUGCACAAGUGCUUCGUGCGGGUGGAGAGCGAGAAAGGGGCCGUGUGGACCGUGGAUGAAUUUGAGUUCCGCAAGAAGAGGAGCCAGAGGCCCAGCAGGAGUGCUAACCCCACACCCGGCCCCUAACCUCAAAACCAAGCAAAGGAGGAAGGAUGGACAGGGGCUGAAAUGCGGGGUGGAAAUGGCCAGGGGCAGGGGUGAUGGGCCCUGGACAUGCCCACUGGGGCCAAGAAGUGAGGUGUGCACGGUCUUGCCUGCCAGGGACCCUGAGCCUCAGCUGACCACCCUUCUAGAGUAUCCGCCCUGCACCAAGGCUGCUCAGAGGGGCCCUGCCCCUGCCCCCUGGCCCAGCUUCCCACAACAAGCUCUUUAGCCAAACUGAGCCUUCACACCAACCACACACACAGCCUGCCUCCGUCGCUCAGACAGGUGACCUUUGGGCUGGAAGACACACACACACACACACACACACACACACACACACACACACACACAGGGUCCAUCCUGUCCCUUGGACACAGGACCAAGAACCUGCCUCAGUACUCUCGGAUAACCACAACCUCUACAGCCUCACAGACCAUCGCACCUGAGCAUGGUCCUGUCAACCCACAAUCCCCGAAGCACACACCCAUGGCCAUCCCCCUGCCUGGCACACACGUGCAUGUGGUGUCACAUGGGGCGUACCCAGCGCACCCCACCCCCGCCCUGCAUAGAAGCAGCCUUGGUACCUUUAGGAUCUCAGGUCCCAAAGAGCCACACAAACACACCCCAGUCAUGCACAUUCUCAUGCAGCUCCCAAGACAUCAGCUCGCUCACACAGGCCAAGAGAACGCACAGGGACAUCACAAGUGCAUGCACAUGCCCCAGUGGGUCUCCGGGGUCCCAAGUGGGCUUUCACAGCCACACCCAUGGAAUCGCCAGAUAGAUCCCAUGUCUCACCCGCCGCCCGCCCCACCUCCCCGGCCUUGAACGCUACGUCCCCAUCCAGGCCUCAGCUUUGACUGCAGACAGAGCCCCUUCUUUAUUUGGGAUCCAAGGUCCUAACCCCAGCGCCCUCUCCAAUAAACGGCAGCCAAGUU